AUGGGACUCAUUCUUAUCUUCACACUGUGUGCCUAUUUACACCGAUCUUUCUGUCAGUCAGUGGUACAGACCCCGCCAGCGGUAACCAGGGAAGAGUGCCAGUCUGUCAUCAUCGACUGUGUUUUCUAUGGUGGCUUCUUCGCUUAUCCUUUAACGAGAGGGGAUUUCUUCAAACAAACCCAGACUGGAUCAGAGUGGGAGCGGGUAUCGGAAGUGGGGAGGUUUACUAUGAGGAUAAAUAAACCAGAAAAGACAUUUUCGCUGGAAAUUCAGGAUGUGAAAGUUGAAGACACCGCCACCUAUUAUUGUAAAGCCGAGUACCAAGAGUCACUGUGGGACAAGUAUUACACUGUGGAUGGGUCCGGGACGGAGUUGACUGUCACAGCCGAUUCUCCGACCUUGGUAUCCCGCGGUCCAGCAGUACAAACCUCUGUUACCGGUAACACCGUUACUUUAAGCUGUGAAUAUUCAGGAUUCUGUCAUUACACAGUUUACUGGUACCGUCAGUCCCCAGGAGAGGCUCUGAAAUACCUGCUUCAGAGAUACACUUCAGGAGAGCAGAACAAAGAAAAUGCAGGAGGAGGAAGAAUUUCUGCUGAUAUUGACUACACAGCAAAAAUCAGUCGUUUAAAGAUCUCCACAAUACAACUGAGUGACUCUGCUGUGUAUUAUUGUGCACUGAGUCGGCGCUCAGCAAACACAGUGCUCCGGAGCACGGAGAGAGCUGUACAAAAACCUGAACAGAAUGGAAAUCACAGACAAAAUGAUACAGAGCAUGGGCAAAGUUGUACAGAAGUAUGA